AUGAAGUCAAAAUUAAGGAACUUGUGGAUAAAAUAUUGUACCAAGAGGUGUAAAACAGGCGAGGAAACCUUUGGCGCUCCGGAAUUGGCCGAUGGUGCUGAGAACGCGCCAGAAGUUGAGGGUACAUUCCUUAGUGAUGAAUUGGAGAUGGAAAACGCAGCAAAUAUUGAAUUCCAGCGAGCUCACAGAAUAGGAAAGAAGAAGACGGGAGAAACUAGACUGGUUGUUGUUCGCUUUUUGAGAUUUCCAGAACGUGAGCUGGUACUUAGAAGAUGCGCGAGCUGGCGGAUGAUAUUGAAGGUUCACGCGGAU